UAAAUAUGUAAAUUAAUGUUUAGUAUACAGUUUGAAAAUAUGUCGCUGAACCGGACCCUCGGCAGUAAAGAGUAUAUGAAGAAAAGGAUACCGAAAAAUUCCAAGUAUGACCACGUCACAACAAGGCUGGAUACGGUUUGUGUCAUGUUCAGGAUGUAGCCUUACGAAGUAUAUGGAAAGAUUGGAAGAGAUGAGAAAAAAUUAUAGGUAUCGAAAAGAUGAAAUCUUCAAAAGAUUAAAGGUGACAACGUUUGCACAACUGAUACUUCAGGUAGCCUCCGUUUCAGACCUGAAUGAAAGUGAGAUUAAUGAUGGUGAAUCGGUGCUGUCUGAUGCGGAUCUGGAAUCCCUGUCUGAACACACCAAUGGCUCCCUUCAGACAUCACCACUGUCAGAGAAUCAGGGUGAAGGGAGCAGCAAAGAGAUCUGCCACUCCGCCAGGUCAACACUUCUAAGUGUUAUUAGUGGUGUGGGAGAACUUAACUUAGACAAGAAUAAUCAGAAGAUGGUGAAUGAGUCUUCGCCCAGCCCUGCACCAGCUGACAGACUGUACCCAGACUGCCCCUACCUGCUGCUUGAUGUACGGGACCGCGAGCAGUACGACUGCUGCCACAUCAUUAGUGCCCACAGUUUCCCCAUCGCCAUGUUGUCUCGGACAAUGAACCCCUACACCAAAGAAGUGCUGGAAUAUAAAAAUGCUCCAGGGAAGAUCAUCAUCUUGUAUGAUGAAGAUGAGAGAAUAGCCAGCCAGGCGGCUACCAUGAUGUGUGAACGAGGAUUUGAGAACCUCUUUAUGCUCUGUGGAGGUCUCAAGGUAAUCGCUCAGAAAUUUCCCAGUGGAAUGACAACAGGCUCCAUCCCUACCUCUUGCCUGUCCCCUCCCAAAUCAUUGAAGGGGGGGAAACAGUCUGCGCCUCAGCAGCCAGCACAGGCAGCAGAGAAGAGGUGGCGGUUUACAUCGGACGAGUUGUCACAGGUCCAGGAACAGCUGGAGAAUAUAGUCAUCCCUAGUAGCUCGAACAGUCGCAUGUCCAGUCGCAUAUCAGCCAGCAGCGCCCCGUCGAAAGCCUUCAGCCAGCGGAGGUCCUCCACAGCUGGGAGAGACAGCUCCACGGUUCAGAGCAGUAGACCCUGGAAAUAACCCCACCUACCGCUUGAGCACCAGUUGUACCUCCAUCACAAAGUGCAUACAUCAUUCAUGUAAUGACUUUGGGCUUUAUUAUCCAAAAUAAUGUCAAGGUGGACAAGAAGAAUAUUAACUGUAUAACUACAGCCUCAUUCUCUGCAAAAGAACUACUUCCACAUUUGAACAUUUAGAUUAAAUUGGCAGCUAAAAGUAAGGAUAAACAUUAAUUAUCAUUGAGUAGUAUUUUAUGUAGUUAUUCUUAUAAAUGGCGUACAUUUGAUUUUUUGCACAGUGCCUCGUCUGUGAACAUAAGGAGUUUUGGCUCUUUUUGCACUUAAUUUACUGUUUCUUGUAACACUAUUUAACUUUGACCAGUGAAUGAAUCUGUGUAGUUUAUAUUUUACUUCUAUUGAUGGUUAGUUCAAAAUUCAAGAUACAAAAGACAUAAUUUGGUCAGAUGUUUCAAAGCCACCAAAUGUUUUUAAGACUAAGCAAUAUGCUGUGAAUCUUUGUAAUAUAUGAAAUGUGUUGGUAUUGUCGCCGAGCCUGAUCAGCUUUAAGUUUUUAGUGUCAUGCUGUCGUUAUGUCCCACCAGCAGCCUUUAUAUGCACUUGCUGCAGUUGCUUUUGGAGACUGUGGGUUUAUGUGUUCACACUGGCUGAUUGAAGACUUUUUAAAGCCAGAUGUCUGAAGCAAAACUGGAAACAAGGCUUGUUAUCCUGUCUGCAUUUAUGGAACAAAAUUUCUAAUUUGUGGCCUUUUGUUUCGUGGGUGUAUUUUUGGCUUGUUUAAGGUGAUUUUAUGAAAACGUGGACUUCAAAGUGCUUUUGAACAAUGUCUUUUCACCAUCAGUCUUAGCGCAUAUAAAGUGGUUGCAUGAUUUUAUUUGUAAAUCAUUGUCAAAUAAAGAGUCAAAGUAU